UUAUUCUACAAUUGUCGGGGGGUGGCGAUAGUUGUGGGAUCUAAGCGAUAAAUAUUUGGUUUACAUAGAGUGAUAAUCGGGGGAUCGUCAAUCGGUUCCAUCGUUUCAGUUUGUUGGGAAGCCUCGGUGCUGUUACAAGGACGGGAGUAGUGUUUCCUGACUGCUUCCAAGAAUCUAUCUAAUAUCUCUAUCUUGAUUGCUGCUAAAUUUCGGAGUGUGGACUUUUUGAUGAUUUCGCGGAUUUUGAAAAUAUCUUUAGAAAUAGCCUUCUGAUAUCUGCGGCUUGUAUAAGUGUACUUGGGAAUUAUCACAACCGGAUGCCUACUAUCGUCGUUGGCAAUUGCAUAUUACGCUAAAUAAUUAUGCGUUGCUCGGCUCCGUUGCACGUCUGACUGAAAUUCGAGAUAGUUACUUCCGAUUGUGAGGCUGGCGUGCGUUUUGAAAGUGAUCUUGUGCAAUUUUGAGAGUGUUCAUUGUCAAUAGAGUGAUUAUGCUGAUCGUUUUUAUUAGUGCAUAGUACACGUACCGAGUAUAUAGGCAAGAGUAAAGUGAUAAAAGUGCGCUUACCAACAUUAGAUGUGGAUAUAGAAUGUAAUCUAGCAUUGGAAAACUCUCGUUAUGAUUAACCGAAAAAGAUGGAUGUUUGGAUUAAACAAUGGAAAUGCAACAUGAUCCAAAAUCUUUUCCUGAUUUGUUAUUUUCUGGUGAUAGUAAAUAUUUCUAGUCAUGUGUGCUUUAGUGAAGAAGGAGCAGAAGAUAAUAUAACGUUAAAUUUUACAUCUUAUCCAACUUACAUCGAAUUUGAGACUGAAUAUGAAGAUUAUAAUUUAACCGAAGUAACAUGUAAUUUACCAACUAUAGAGUCACGAAUGUUGCGGGAGAGCCUCUAUUGCAAGGACCUGCAGCCAUGUACUACCUAUUCAGUUACUGCCAAAGUUAAAUUUCUAGAUGAAAGUAUCUCCAACCACUUUCAAUACGCCACUACAACUUAUGAAGCUCCCACAUUUGAAUACAACCCAAUUCCAUUUUUCGAUUCAAUCUAUUUGAUUUGGAAUAUAACGAGCCGGAACUGUGUCAAAGAGAUAAAAGUUGAAGUGGUCGGCGAUGGAGGAUUUAAGGAAACAAGCCGAAAUCCCGGAUAUACCGAGGAUUUAACCGUCGACAAUCUGUUACCUUGUUCAAUAUACAACGUGACAAUGAGCCUGACUGACAUAAAUGGACAAGUCCUGGGUAACAAGUCGGAAAGCGUAGCAACGGAGAAUGUAGAUACGGGCCCGGCAAAAUCGGUGGAGUGUAAUGUUACUGAGAACUCGGUGUUGAUUACAUGGGAGGAGCCGAAAUACCCAACUUGUGUUGAAGUUUACUAUCUUUUCUUGAUGACCGAAGACUGUUACUCGACGAAUGCAGAUCUGUGCACUACCAUUUACAAUGUAUCCAGUACACGCCCCCGGCAGCUUACUAUAGACAAUUUAGAAGGAUGCGAAAAUUAUGUGUUGAAAAUUAGUGUGAAUGGAGAUCACUCCAAUAGUUCUUCCAUUCAUGAAUUUUCGACAGAGAUUUUAGAUCCUGGUCCUGUUGUUGAUUUUCGGGAAAGCUCUCUUCUGUCUACAAAUGUAACGCUAGUCUGGAGUCCACCAAAAGACAAUCACCUUUGCGUGAAACACUACAUAAUUGGGAUGGUAGACAGUGAUGAAAGUUUUAAUGUGACUGAAGAGACAUUCACCUUUGAAAAUCUGUUGCCUUGCGCCCGAUAUGAGAUUGAAAUUGCUGCUGUAUCCCUUAAUGAUGUUAUAGGGGAGUGGACAAGAAGGAACGUUACAAUGCCAUAUGAUCGUCCGUCAGGGAUUCGCGACGAAAAUGUAAAAGCAUAUCCAAAGGAAAUGGGUAUCGAAUGGGCGGAGCCAGAUUUUGCGAACCUUUGUGUUGUAAAUUAUAAAGUGUUGAUUCAGAAUGAAGAAAUAUCGUAUAAAUUUGAAACCGUGGUCAAGGAUAGAUCUUUAUAUAUUGAUGGAUUAUACUCUUGCAUGACAUACACUGUGAGCAUUACACCUGUAACCUUAAAUAAAGAAAGUCCUGACGGAGAGACGGUCGUAUUCAGUGCUACUACAGGAGCAACCGUUGUGGAUACAAAGGAUGCAGAAUUUGAUCCGAAGGUCUACAACAGAAGUAUCUCGAUUCGGUUUGUAAAUAAAGAUGAAAAGAACAAUUGCCAAAUGCUAUUUGUGCAAUUCACAUGCGAUAGUGACACGGAUGCUCCGAUUAGGCAUGCUGAGGUGACUUUGCCAGUGACUCAGGGCAGUCAUAUGCCUUUUACAGGUGUACUGGAGCCAUUAUCACCUGCAACACAGUAUAUUUGUAAGGUUUCAGUUUAUAACAUCGAUGGAUGGUCAGCAUCAAAAGCUGGUUCUCUACUAACAACACCCGAUUACCCUGGUCCGCCACAAAAUAUCACCUUGCGUUCACUAUCAUCCACCGCCUUCAAUAUCAAAUGGCAGGCGCCCAGAUACAGGAACGGUAAUUUGGCUUUAUACAGAUUGUAUAUACAGACCAUUGGACCUAAAUACAAAAUACCAAAGAGAUGCGAUACAAUCAAAAUUGUACAACUCAACCAGAACGUUGAAGCUACGAAAACGGAGUGGACCUUCCUGGAGGCGUCCCCUUACUUUGAGUACAGUGUCCAAGUAGCGGCUAGUAAUGAAAUUGGAGUGGGGGAGUUCUCCAAUGCGGUAACGAUUGUUACUCACUCCUCUCGUUCUGAUCCUGUGAAACAAUUUUCUGUAGGAUCAAUCGAGGGUCCUGAGCUCUCAGAGACUUAUAAAGCAAACGUAACAAUUCAGUGGUCACUGCCAUGCUACACUCAUGGACCAGUUGUUGCAUUUGAAGGAGCAUUUAUUGGUGAACGAGUUGGUUUCGAUACAGAAUAUAUCCCAUGGUCGUUAUCUGUUAACAGUUCAGAUGAGGACUCAAACGAAACAUUUGAAUGGGUUCAGGACCGUUUGAAACCGGAGUAUAAUUACACGACUAGUAUUUCUGUUUUAGUGGACGAGGCUGUAAAUAGUCUUGAGUCGAAAUUAACUUUCAUCUCGCCAUCUGGAAUUCCACCGAAGCCAAAUGUAUCUUAUAAUGGUGACGUAGAUGUUUUUUCUGCACCAAAUCCAACAGAAUCGGCUUAUGCACGACUUUCAACGGAUAUACUGAACUCUGAUAUGGGCAGGAUUCUAUAUAUUUCUCUGUUGAUUUCGGAAAAGGGUUGCCAAAGUGAUCCAUCUCCGAAGAUGGCAUUGAUAGAUAGUGAGAAGGAAUGGCCAGAUGUUCCCAGUUGGGCCGAUGUCCAAAAGGAUGCAUGUAUCAAACAGUACCAAACUACACCAAAACGUUGGUCACCAACGCCAGUUUUAGUUAACGCCGAUCAUACGAGGACAAUGUCAAUAAUUCAGUAUGUCGUUGGAGGGGAAGACUGUUCUAGUAGCCGAUCCCAACAGGACUAUUGCAACGGACCACUCAAACCAGGUGUUGAGUAUGUUCUCGUUGUGAGACUUUUCACGAGCAGUGGAUAUGCCGAUGGGAACUGCCUAUAUUUCAGAACAGAUUCUAAGGUUGAAGUACAAUUCGUGUUGCUUAUGAUCAUAAGUUGUCUGCUGAUUGCGUUCUUCCUUGGAUUUUUGUAUCUUUGGAUAACGAAGAAGAUCGUUUGGCAUGGUGAACCAUUCAUUGGUGUUGAGGAACAUACUGGCGAUAUUACAUCAAAGAAUUUCCUUAAUUAUUAUGAGGAGAUUGUUAAAAGUGACAAACUUAAUCGGGAAUUUAAGGAACUAACGGCUAUUUCAAAUGAAUUGAAUUUAUCAAAUGUGGCGUCCACUUCAAAUGAAACGAAAAAUCGAUAUAGUAAUAUUUUUCCAUAUGAUAAAAAUCGGGUUAUUUUAGAUUGCGAUUCAGAUGGAGCGGAUUAUAUAAAUGCAUCCUUCAUAAAUGGUUAUAAACGACGUAAAGAGUACAUUGCUACCCAAGGUCCCAAACCGGAAACUUUUGUAGACUUCUGGAGGAUGAUCAUUCAGUAUAACGUGCGGUUGAUAGUUAUGGUCACACAGUUCCGAGAAGGCGAAACAGUAAAAUGCCACCAAUAUUUCCCCUUCAUAAAUAAAGAAAUGCGUAUCGGUCUUAAUAUAAAGGCGACCUGUAAGAAAGAAACACAUUUUGAAAAUUACGUAAGACGUGAACUUCUAGUCGAGCAUUCUAGUGAUUGUGUUAGUCGCACUGUUGUUCAUUAUUUGUUCCGCAAAUGGCCAGACCAUGACUGUCCUGAUGAUGUCACUCAUUUAAUAGAGUUUGUGCGGAAAGUGAAACAUGAGAAAAUUCCACGACAUUCACCUGUUAUCGUACAUUGCAGCGCUGGUGUUGGACGAACUGGUACCUUCAUCGGUCUAGACAUUAUAAUGCAGCGGCUUAAAAGUGAAAAUAGGAUAAGCAUUUACGAUACAGUAAAGCAGUUACGGUUUCAGCGCAUGAAAAUGGUCCAAACAAUUCAACAAUAUCAAUUUUUAUACAAGUGUGCCUAUCACCUGGUUCAAAAGAAAUACCCGUCAUCUUCGAAAAAACACCAAAAAAAGAAUGGAGUUUCGGAAGCGAUAGAAAAUAAUUAUAAAAAUUCCAUUUUAAAUACCAGAAAUGGAAAGUGUAUUAAUCGUGCUGAAAGUAUUAUGUAGUCUCGAUAAAAUAGAAUGAUUUUUGUUUUUGUCUGUAUGAUUUGGCAAUUUAUACUGAAGUAUUAUAUUAAAGUUUGUUAUUUAUGUGUA